UAGAAACGAUAGAAACCGAACUAAUAAAAAAAUCGUACUUUCACCCAUUCAUAUUUUCAUCCAUUUCUAAAAAAUCUACUUCAAUUACAUUCAAUUAGAUAACGCUAUAGAUAAUUUUCUAUAAACACAAAUUCUCGAUCCCUCGCACAAAUAAAGUUUUCGGCCCGGUUGCACCAACGUUACUUCGACUUUAAACGAGGCUUAAAACUCGCUCUAUCUCUCCCACUCUCUCGGCUUUAAACAGAGAAAGUGAGAGUUUUAAGUCGCUUAAAGUCAAAGUAACGUUGAUGCUUAUCGGGCCUUACAGUAAUAUUUACAUCGUCAUUUAUAACAUUAUGUUUGUAACAAUAUUUAUAACGUUUAUGUCUAUAUUCUUAAUGAUGUAAUAAAUCUUAAUUACUCAAAACAUGGUAUUUGUAUCUUUAUCCUUCGGAGAUCUUACUGGCUGAUUACCGAUUUGUUACAUGCACAUUUUUUUAAUAAGUUUUCUUGUGAGUCCUGAACAGAACCUUUACGAAUUAACAAUUUUCUUUACGAAUCGAUUUUCUUCGAGAAUCUUCAAGUUUUGUAACGAUUCGACUAUCGACCCAGUAAUUAUAGUUUCCUACAGUUUGCUUUCGAACGGACGCACGUGCGAGUUUGUCGCAUUGUCGUGGCAUUCGUGGCAUCCGUGGUAUUUUCCGACGGACCACAACAGUGAACUGAGUGAACAGAAUUCGUACGAGAAGUUGUUUCUUCUCCAGCCUGAUUUUUCUGAAUAAUGACCAUCACACUUUACACUACUGAGAUGAAUGAAAGUAUGUCGUCGGAGGAAGAAGUGCUGACUGAUGUUUCUUGCGAGAUAUCUAAUUACGAUAACAAUGGUGAGGUGUUACCUCUUAAAUCCUCUUCUUUAGAAGAUCAACCUAAGGGAGAUCAACUUAAGCAGGAUCGACCUAAGGAAGAUCAAUCUAACGAGGAUCGACCUAAGAAAGAUCAAUCUAACAAGGAUCAACCUAAGGUAGCUCAACCUAAGGUGGAUCAACUUAAGGAAGAUCAACCUAAGGUGGAUCAAUCUAAGGAAGAUCAACCUAAGAUGGAUCAAUCUAAGGUGAAUCAAUCUAAGGAAGAUCAACCUAAGGAAGAUCAAUCUAACGAGGAUCGACCUAAGAAAGAUCAAUCUAACAAGGAUCAACCUAAGGUAGCUCAAUCUAAGGUGGAUCAACCUAAGGAAGAUCAACCUAAGAUGGAUCAAUCUAAGGUGAAUCAAUCUAAGGAAGAUCAACCUAAGGAAGAUCAAUCUAAGGAGGAUCAAUCGAAGGAUGAUCAACCAAAGGAAGAGUGGUUAGAUAUAAUUGGCAAUGGUCAGCUGAUGAAGAAAGUUAUAAAGAAAGGCACAAAAGAUGUAAAGCCAAUACGACACGAUACAUGUAUAAUAAAGUUUAUUGGUGUGCUUGAUGAUGGCACAGUGGUGGAAGAUCAUGAUAAUGUUUCGAUACAUUUAGGAGAUUUUGAUGUAGUACAGGGAUUAGACCUAACGAUUGCAUUGAUGGAAUUGGGUGAAAUUGCUGAAAUAAAGAUCGAUCCUAGAUUUGCUUAUGGCACACGUGGAGAAGGAUCUAUACCACCUGAUGCUACUAUUACAUACACAAUUGAAUUGAAAGCAAUAGAGGAUAGUCCUGAUAUAGAAAGUCUAAGCGUCAACGAAAGAAAAGAACUAGGUAACAAGAAACGCCAACGCGGAAAUUGGUGGUUUGUUCGCAAGGAGCUUAAUUUUUCAAUACAGUGUUAUCAGAGAGCAUUAUCGUAUCUACAAAUAGAUGGUAUGAAUUGGAAUGAAAAUAAAGAAUCAGGGCCGAUUACCGAUAGCCAACUGCAAGGACUGUUGGAUGAUUACAUAAAAGUGUGUAACAAUUUAGCGGCUGCAUUCAUUGAGAUAGGAUCUUACAACACAGCUUUAGAAAAUGUAGAUAAAGUUCUGAAGUAUCAACCAAAAAAUUUAAAAGCACUAUUUAGAAAAGGAAGGAUAUUAAAAGCUAAAGGGGAAUUAGGAAAGGCUUAUAUGAUUUUCCUAGAAGUGCAAAAGACAGAUCCAGAUAUGAAGUCGUUACAAACAGAAUUAAUGAUUUUAAAAGAAAGAAUUUCAAAACAGACUGAGAAAGAAAAGUAUCUGUAUGCUAAAAUGUUAGGUAUAAAUAAAGAGACUGAUAAAUCGUCAAAGAAUAUAAAAGUAGAAGAAAAAAGUAAAAUCGCUAAAGGAAUUCUAUGGACUGUGAUUGGAGCAUCUGCUGCUGUCAUUGGUAUACUUGUACACAGAUUUGUUUCAUGAAGAAAAAAGAAAAUGAAUAAAGAUAAACCAGAGUUAAUGAGGUGCAGGACAAGUUGUAUUCUUUGUAUUUUAAUUAACAGAAAUA